AUGGACGUCGCCGACGUCGAAUCGCUGCUCGACGAGGAGCUCCCGGCGCACGAAGACAUCCACCGCGGCGUCCUCCACAACGGUCUCAAGUACGUCAUUCUCCCGAACAAGACGCCGUCGGACCGCUUCGAGGCGCACCUGGAGAUGCACGUCGGGAGCGUGGACGAGCGCGAAGACGAGCAGGGGCUCGCGCAUCUCGUGGAGCACGUCACGUUUCUCGGAUCCAAAAAACGCGACGCGUGGCUCGGGAGCGGAACUCGGGGGAACGCGUACACGGACUUCCACCACACCGUGUUCCACGUGCACUCGCCGACGUACAACAAGGACAACACGUACAUGGUGAACAACGUGCUGGACAUUCUGUACGACGUCGCGUUUAACCCGCAGCUGUUGGAGACGAGGGUCGCGAAGGAAAAAAAGGCUGUGCUCGCGGAGGCGCAGAUGAUGAACACGAUCGAAUACCGCGUGGACUGCCAGCUGCUGCAGCAUCUGCACUGGGACAACAACCUCGGGUGCCGCUUCCCGAUCGGGAAGCUGGACCAGGUCGAAGGGUGGGACGCGGCCAAGGUGCGCGCGUUUCACGAGCGGUGGUACUUUCCCGCCAACGCGACGUUGUACGUCGUCGGGGACUUCCACGCGGACGUGCCCGGGGUCGUGGACAUGAUCGAGCGCGCGUUCAACGCCGCGCCCGCCGCGGUGGAGAAAUUGCCAGAGCUCACGAGCGCUGGGGUUGGCGCUGGGGCUGGCGCGGCGGGCGAGGAGGGCGACGCGGCGGCGGCGCCGCCGCCGCCGCCGAUGCUGAGGCAGAGGCACGCGGCGCGGCCGCCGGUGCGUCACGCGUUCGGCGCGCCCCCCGCGAGCGGCGUGCAGCUCUUCCAGCACGAGCACCUGUCGCACGUGUCGUUUAACAUCUUUAGCAAGCUCCCGAUUCUGCCGCUGCGAUGCAUGGGCGAUCUGCACCGCACGGUGAACCAGCGGAUCGUCCUGCUCGUCCUGCAGUCGCGCAUACAGUCGCGGUACGCGGAGCUCGACCACGAGCACUACAAGCGCUGCGAGCUCGACCACAGCGACAGCGCGCGGGAGGGGUGCACGGUGUCCACGGUGACGGUGACGUGCGAGCCGCUGCAUUGGAAGUACGCGCUUCAGGUGGCGGUCGAGGAAGCGCGGCGGCUUCAGCAGAAAGGGUUGACCCCGGGCGAGCUCUCGCGGUUCAAAGCGGCGAUGAUGCGCGACAGCGAGCAGCUCGCGCAGCAGGCUGGGUUCGUGCCGUCGCUGGAGAACCUCGAUUUCGUCAUGGAACACGACGCGCUCGGUCACGUCGUGAUGGACCAAAUCCAAGGCCACGAAGCUCUCGUGCGCCUGGACGACGUCAUCAGACUCGAAGGCUGCAACGACGUCGCGCGCGAGCUCUUGGGUUUUUUCGCGGAGUACGGCAAGCCGAUUGAGGAGAGGGAUCCCUGCGGCGGGCUCACGACGGCCAUCGUCGCGUGCGCGCCGGCGACGACGACGGACGCGGAGGGCGUCGAGGUUGAAUUUCACAUCGACGAGCAGGAGGUCGUCGACGUGCUCUCCGCGGACUACGGCGAGAUCGAGGCCAUGGAGGACAUCUUCGUCCCGGAUGAGCUCAUCUCCGAGGAGGACCUCGACGCGGCGACGGAGAAGCUGAAGCCCGCGAUCGUCUCCUCGACGUACGACGACAAGACGGGCAUCCACCAACGCGUGCUCUCCAACGGGUUCAGGGUGAACUAUCGCGUCACGAACAACGAGCCCGGGAGCGCGUUCCUGCGCCUCGUCAUCCCCGGCGGACGCACCGCGGAGCCGACGACGGCCGGGCCCGGCGGCAUCGGCGCCGCCGCGGUCGGCUUCCGCACGCUGCAAGAGGUGGGCAGCAUCGGGCGGUGGUCGCGGAAGCAGAUCGAGCUCGUCACGAUGCAGAACCUCGUCAUGUUCGAGGUGGAACCGGAGGCGGAGUACCUCUUCCUCGACGCCGCGUUCGCGGUGAACGGCGGGCUGAAGUGCACGCUCGAGAUCAUCAACUUGCUCACGUCGGAGCCGGUGUGGGACCAAAACGCGCUCGAACGCGUCAAGGACAUCUACCGCAUGUUCGAGCUCAACACGCGGAAGAAUUUGGAACUCGUGACGCACGACGAGGUAAACCACGCCGUGUUCGGCGACCGCAGGCUCAUGGACCCCUCGCGCGAGGAGCUCGCCGCGCUGACGCUGGACGGCGUCGUCGCCGCGGUGGAGGCGCAGCUGAGAGCGGGGCCGUUGGAGGUGAACAUCGCGGGCGAUCUGGACCCGGAGGAGGUUGACGCGCUCAUCACGCGUUACCUCGGGACGGCGACGCCCGGCGGCGCGUCGCCGGCUUCUUCUUCCCCCCCAGCUGGGUCUAAACUCCAGCUGUACCCGCUCACGCUCGCGAACGUCGACCCGCGCGACGCCGCGACGCGCACGCAGCGGCUGUGGCUGCGAGAUAGCGACGAGCGCGCGUGCGCGGUGCUCGCCGGGCCCGGCCCGCGGAUGUGGGCGCCGAUGCGAAACCCGCCGUUGCCGAAGCUCGACGACGAGACGAUGGACGCGCUGAUGAACGGCGACUCCUCGAACGGCACCGGGAUCGCGCAGCUGACGCUGCGCGGGCCGGAUGGUCGGCCGUACCACCCCGCGGAUCAGAUCAACGCGGCGGCGGCGGCGAAGGGGAACCCGUUCGCCGCGCAGAGCGAUCGCCGAAGGAACCCGCUCGCGACGUUCGUCGCGGGGAUGCUCCUGUCCGAGGUGGUCGGAGGCCGCCUGUUCACGACGGUUCGCGACGCGCUCGGGCUGACGUACGACUGCAACUUUCAGCUCGCGUUCGGACUGCAAAACUCGGACGCGACGACGUAUCGGCUCGUCGUGACGUCCACGCCGGCGAAGAUUGACGACGCGCUCGCGGCGGCGAUUCGCGUCUUGCGCGGGUUCAAGACGCAGAAAAUCUCGACGCGAGAGGUGGAACGCGCGCGGAUGACGCUGCUCACGCGUCACGAGACGGAGCUCAAGACGAACGCGUACUGGGUCGACCUGAUGCAAUACACCAGCUUGGGCGACGUCCUCGCGCCGCAGAAGGAGAUCUCGUGCAUCAGCGACCUCCCCGCGAUGUACGAGGCGGCGACGGUGGACGAUCUGUACGAGGUGUACGGCGCGCUCGGGUUGGAGGAUGGCGAGACGUUCACGUGCGUGACGGUGGCGGGGAAGGAGGAUCCCGCGAUCGUUAACGCCGGCGCGGCCGCGCCUCCGGUGGUGGGGGAGCUCGCGGCGGCGGCGGCGGCGCGGAUGGCGAUGAGCGGCGGGAUGGCGAUCGCGGAGGCGCUGAAGAACAUGUCGUCGGGGCGCGUCGGGGGGGCGGGCGGCGCGGGCGCGGGGGAGGAGAUCACGCUCGAGGAGAAGUGA